GGGCUGUCGUCGUCUCGGAUAGGGGGGCCGCGGCGCUGGGGAGGGCGGCCGGGCCGGGCAGGGCAGCGCGGGGUCUGCCCACUUCGUUCCGAGUUUGCAGUGUUUUCCCGUGUGCUCGCGGGGAGGAGAAGUCUUUGAGCUGGAAUCCCUCAAAUAACCUUUAAAGAUGAAGGCAGCAGAUGAGCCUGCCUACCUGACAGUGGGAACUGAUGUCAGUGCCAAGUACCGUGGUGCCUUCUGUGAGGCAAAGAUUAAGACAGUGAAAAGGCUUGUGAAAGUCAAGGUGGUCCUGAAGGGGGAUAACUCAACUCAGUUAGUGCAAGAUGACCAAGUGAAAGGACCUCUAAGAGUUGGUGCAAUGGUUGAAACCAAAAUGCCUGAUGGAUCCUUUCAAGAAGCUGUUAUCAGCAAGUUGACAGAUGCUAGUUGGUAUACUGUAGUUUUUGAUGAUGGUGAUGAAAGGACCUUGAGACGAACUUCAUUAUGCUUGAAGGGAGAAAGGCACUUUGCAGAAAGUGAGACACUUGAUCAACUGCCGCUAACCAAUCCAGAGCACUUUGGAACUCCAGUUAUUGGGAAGAAAUCUAAUAGAGGAAGAAGAUCUUCUCUUCCUGUUACUGAAGAUGAAAAGGAAGAAGAAAGUAGUGAAGAAGAGGAUGAAGAUAAAAGGCGCCUCAAUGAUGAAUUGCUUGGGAAAGUUGUGAGUGUGACUUUUAAUUCUGAGAAGGCAGACUGGUAUCCAGCUUUGGUUGUGUCUCCCAGCUGUAAUGAUGACGUCACAGUGAAAAAGGACCAGUGUUUAGUUCGAUCCUUUGCAGAUUCAAAAUUUUACUCAGUAGCAAGAAAAGACAUUAAAGAACUAGAUGUUCAAAACUUACCAAAAUCUGAGUCCUCUCCUAAAAAAGGGCUACAGGAGGCAAGCAUGUUUCUCAACACAAAGGGUGUUCCUCGGAACUGGAAAAUGGACAUAAGUGAAAUUCUGGAGUCCUCUAGCAGUGAUGAGGAAGAUGGAGCUGCUGCAGAAACUGAUGAAGAGGAGGAAAAAAGAGAAGAGAAAACUGAAGAAGUAGUCCCUGAGGAAGAGCUUGAUCCUGAAGAGAGGGACAACUUCCUCCAACAGCUUUACAAGUUUAUGGAAGACAGAGGUACUCCUAUCAAUAAACCACCUGUUCUGGGCUAUAAGGACCUUAAUCUCUUCAAACUUUUUAGACUGGUGUAUCAGCAGGGUGGGUGUGACAAUAUUGAGAGUGGUGCUGUAUGGAAGCAAAUUUAUAUGGACCUUGGCAUUCCUAUUUUGAACUCGGCUGCUUCCUACAAUGUAAAAACUGCUUAUAGAAAGUAUCUUUAUGGUUUUGAAGAGUACUGCCGUUCUGCAAACAUUCAGUUUAGGACCAUCCAUCACAAUGAACCAAAAGUGGUAGAGGACAUACAGAAACACAUGGAACCAAUGGAGGAGGGUGUAAAAGAGGAACAAAAAAUGCCCCCAACAGAAGUUAAAAAAGAAGCAGAAGAAAAUUAUUCCAGCAGUGAAAGUGAAAAAGAAGAAAUAGAACUAAGAUCCCCAAGGGGGCGAAGACGACUUGCCCGUGAUGCAACCCCAGCUAAAAAAGAUAGUGAAGAGGAUAAAACACAAGACAAAUUAAAAGACAGUAACAAAGAAAACAAAGAUAUAGAGGAAACACCUGAGAAUGCAGAAAAGAAAGAAAAUGAAACUUCACUAGGGAGAAAAAGUAUACCAAAGCAAAAAGAGAAAAAAAUUAAAAAACAGGAGGAUUCUGAUAAAGAGUCAGACGAAGAGGAAGAGAGGCAGAGGGAGAGGGAGGAAACUGAGAACAAAGGAGAAUCAGAAGGUGAAGAGGAUGAGGAGGAUGCAGAACCCUGCCUGACUGGAACCAAAGUGAAAGUAAAAUAUGGACGUGGAAAGACUCAAAAAAUUUAUGAAGCCAGUAUUAAAAGCACAGAAAUUGAUGAUGGAGAAGUUUUAUAUUUAGUUCAUUACUAUGGUUGGAAUGUAAGAUACGAUGAAUGGGUGAAAGCUGAUCGGAUUAUCUGGCCUGUGGACAAAGGAGGACCAAAGAGAAAACAGAAGAAAAAAACAAAAGUAAUGGUUAUUUCAAAUAAAGAAGACAGUGAAAAGGAUGAGAAGAAGGAUGAGGAGAAACAAAAAUCAAAGCGUGGGCGACCCCCUCUGAAAUCUACUCUUCCAUCAAACACAUCUUGCAGUUUAUCCAAAACGCCUAAUAGUGAAGGUAAAUCAGGAGCCAGAAGUGCACGGAACAACUUGUCAGAUUCCUCACCAUUACCAAAUGGAACAGAAGCAACACCUCGCAGGCAGACGAGACGUAGCUCAGGAAUGUUUGAUUCUGAUAGAGGAUCAAACGACUCUGGCUCAUCUGACAGUGAAGCAGAUGAGUCAUCUGAAAAGAAUUUGAAUGAAGAAUUUUCUCCAGAGACUUCAGAACUGGAAAAAAGUGAAAAACUACAUGAUGAGAAGCUAGAUGAAGAAAACCCAAAGAUUCCUCAUGCCUUGAAAGAAAAUGACAGGAUGCAAGUACAGCCACUAGAAACACUGAAACUGGAAGUUGAAGAAAGUGAGCAAAUUGUUCAGAUCUUUGGAAACAAAACAGAACAAAUAGAAGAAAUCAAAAGAGAGGCUGAAAAAUCACCUAAAGGAAAAGGGAGAAGGAGCAAGUCAAAAGAUCCCUCUUCAGAGAAUGCAAAGAUUUCACCAGGAAGCCAAGAAGAGGUGGCAAAUGAAUCUCUUACAGAACCUGAAAGAUUAGACAUGUCUUCCUUGGACUGUAAAGAAAUUUCCAGCACUACUGAAAGUGAAACAGAACCUCCUACAAAAGAUAAGAAGCUUUUGAAAAGGAAAACUUUGGAACAAGCAUCACCUGAGAAGAGAAAUCGACGAGAGAGUGAGAUGGAAGUGCCAAAUAUUGUAUCUGAAGAGAGGACCAAUGAAUGUACUGGAGCAGAGGAAUGUAGAGGGCUGAAUGCUGAAGAGUCUCUCAGAACUGAAAAUGAGGAAAUGCCAUCCCUGGUGGCAGAGUCAGUUCAGCACGGUCAGGAGCUGAGGAAUGAGAACUUUGAACGUCCAUCUGAAGAAAAUGAGAAUGUUCCCUUAAAAGAUGAGGAUGAUGCAAUGCCUCAGAUUGGUCCUGAAACUUUGCUCUGCCAUGAAGUAGACUUGGAUGACUUGGAUGAAAAGGAGAAGAGCAGUAGUGAAGAUACAAUAUCAGAAAAGCCAGACCCUAAUGCUUCAAAUUCAAAUCCAUCUGCCUUACCCCCUGCCGUCCAGUCGAGCUUUUCAGUGGCCUCACCUCUUACUCUUAGUCAGGAUGAAUCACGCAGUAUCAAGAGUGAAAGUGACAUGACUAUUGAAGUCGACAGUGUGGCAGAAGAGUCGCAAGAAGGUCUCUGUGAAAGUGAGUCUGCUAAUGGAUUUGAAGCCAGUACUACAUCAAGCAGUUGUAGUAUAGCUGUGCAAGAAAGAGAGACUGGAGAGAAAGGUCAAAAAAGACCCAGUGAUAGCAAUAGUGGAACACUGGCAAAAAAACAAAAGCGUACUCCAAAGCGAACAAGUGCUGCAGCCAAAAAUGAAAAGAAUGGAACAGGACAAAGUAGUGACAGUGAAGACCUUCCUGUCCUGGACAGUUCAAGUAAAUGUACUCCUGUAAAACACAUAAAUGCAUCCAAACCACAGAAGAUUUCUCGAUCACCUGCAAGAGUGAUUUCACCUCACAUCAAAGAUGGAGAGAAGGAUAAACACCGAGAGAAACACCACCACCAGAAUGCUUCGCCUAGAGUAUACAAAUGGAGUUUUCAGCUCAAUGAACUAGACAAUAUGAGCAGCACUGAAAGGAUCUCCUUCUUACAAGAAAAACUACAGGAAAUACGAAAAUACUACAUGUCCUUGAAGUCAGAAGUAGCAACCAUUGACAGGAGAAGAAAACGAUUAAAAAAGAAAGACAGAGAAGUGUCACAUACAGGAGCAUCCAUGUCAUCUGCUUCAUCAGACACUGGAAUGAGUCCAUCAUCAUCUUCUCCUCCACAAAACGUGCUUGCUGUAGAAUGCAGGUGAUACACAUUUCUCUGCCUUGCCGGCAACUUGCUGCCAUGGACAUAAAUCCUGAAAUUCAACCACAGAAAGCACUCAACUGGUUUGACAUUGCCAAGUAUAUUCUGUACACACUUCCACUGCUGGACUGUACCUGUUCUCCCCUCCUACCUUCUUUCUUUUGUUUAAUUUACUGUUCAGAGAAAUUAAGCUCAUUGGUAACUGAAGGUUUGUAGGCACAAUGUGACAUGCUUGUCAUUGUGUUUGGUUUUGUUUCUUUGUUGGUUUUUUUUUUUUUUUUUUUUAUUAAUGCAGAGAAAGGGCACUUAUCAAAUUUGAAAAGUUAUGUCCAAUGAAGCAUUCAGCUGUUCUAGGGAGAUCUUAGAAAAGCAAGUGCACCAAGCAGACAUCAAGUUUUAUCAAAAAGAAUUGAGUAACUGCUGCACUUUCACUGAGCUGUACGUUAACUCUUGGUGAGUAGUUCCUCUUUGUGGAAGCACUUGCUAUACAGAACUGCCAAAGUAUGUGUUCAGCAAUGUGCCCAGUUUUAAAGGUGUAAAUGGGACAAAAUAAAUUGUGAAAGGAAGUGUAGUUGACUGAAAACUACAGUUGUAAUAAGUCUUCCACUUUUUAUAGGAUUUUUGAGCACACGAUUAUGCAAAUAUUUUAAUGUUUAUUAAUGUUUACAGUGGAAUUGUGAAUAGGUUUUCAGUGGACUAUCUUAUCCCUUGACAAAAAUAUUUUGUCUUUUUUCUAUGUAAUUUCAGAGUUUUUAUUUUGUUACAAAAAGACGAAAAAUGAAAUAUAUAACAACAGUGAAGUUAUUUAACAAGAUUUCUAAAGCUGAAAUUUUUGUGUAAAAUAAGGUAUCUUGCAACUUGUUAAAUAUAUUUAUUCAGACAUUGGAUGUUGUAUUUUUAUGUAUUUUUUAAAAUAUUAAUAAAAUUGGAAAAAAAAUUGUAGGUUAGUUCACUCUUUCGAUAAAACAUAGUUAUCAGUUAUGGCUCUUAAGGAGGUUUUAUCCAGUAGCUGUGCCUGUAUUUCACAUGGGUCUGUCUACGUAUCCUCCACAACAUAGGUCUGUAAGCGGGCAUCUGGAUUAAACUAUGACUUUAUUUGGAAACUUUGGCAGUCCUAGUACUUACAUUGUUUUGAGGAACAAAAUUUAUUGGGUUGCCCUUAAGAUACUUUGUCACAAGUUCUUAUGUUUGCUGUACUGCCGAAUGAAUUUAUAUCUCCCAAAGUUGAGAUGCAACAAUAAAGUAAAGCAACUGUGUAUGCUUUGUCUGUGGAUUGUCCCACAGACAGAUACAGUUUGUAAAUAACUCUUCCAAAACCAUGUAUUUAAAACAGUUUGCAUAUACAUUAUGUAUAAAAGUGAUUUUUUUAUCAAUUUUUUUAUUCAUGUUUGUACAUUGAAAGGGGUUCUUAACCCCUUUUUCUGUGUUUAAUAUGCUGUAGAGUAAUAACAUAGAUGCUCUAGACUGUAUAUCAGGAUAUUCUGGUUCACACGGCAGAAAGUCAGAACGAAACACUAGUGAUGGCGUAGCAUUACUAAAAUUGAUGUUUCUUGAAAUUUCAUUUUACAACAUUUGUCACCUUGUGAUUCCAAUUCCUUCCAUUUUCGCAGAAAAUUAAAGAAAAAGUACUCUUGUAAAUGCACUUUUUCUGUCUUUUCUUAAGCAAAGCAGAACUAUUUCAAUGUAAGAAAAAUAUGGAGCUCACUAGACAGCAUUAAUAAAGGCCAUGUUUUAAACAUAGGCUUUAUAUUCUAUUUUUAUUUAAGUGAUUGUUCUUGUAAAUGUCUGGACUUACCUAAAUAGGAAAAUUAAUCUCCAUAAAUUGUUGUAUAGACUUUUUUCAGAGCUAACUUCUACUGUUAAUCUUACAAUAGCUAUGAAUAAAAAGCAAUACUCAUUUAAAAGGAAAUAACAUGGGUCACAUUUUCUCAGAUUAUCUUCCAUGUUUAGUAUUUGAAGAAGUAAGUUUUAAAUUCAGUGAAAUAAUAGGAUUAAUUGUAUCUUAUGCAGAUAUCUAACCUCUGUCUAUAAGCUGUGUGAAACCUUAAACAGGCAUAUACACACACUCGGCGUGCACAGAUGAUGGAUGAGCUCCUAACCGUCUGUAUUUUGGCAUAGGCGUUCACAGUGCGUACACUCACUGCUUCUCCUUAUCUCUUAGGAAUGUUUAAAAUACUGCAUGGGAGACUGAAGGUAUGGUUCCAUGAAAUGUGGAAACCCGUUCUAACAGACGGUUGCUCCUUGACACAGAGAACUCACUGCCUUACUUCCUCUUUCCACCUGCUUACCUUGCGCGAGUCCUCAUCAGAGAGACAGACAGACUCACACCCACCCACAGCCCCCAGUAACAACUAACAUCACUAUUCUGGCCGAGCACUAAACCUGCAAGAAAAGGUGGACUUUCUGCCAGGCCACUGGCAAAGCCUCUAGCAUGUUACUCAUUUCCUAGUUUUAUCUUUCUGGCAAGAAGCGUAUCAGUUAGCCAGAUUAUUUGGUAGAUGUUUAAAGUAGUUUCUUAUGACAUUUAAAAAUACCACAGGGAAAAGAAGAUUAACUAUAUAAUGUGGGAUUGCCCUGUACUAAAGGUGAACUCAACAAGAAACCCUAACAGGUCUUUUAUUUCUAACUUUACUAGAAUGCCCUUAUUUCUCCUUUGUUGACAUAAAAUAAAUUCCAAAGUGUCUUCCACUGCCUUAAAUGAAAGUUUAUGCUGUUGAGGACACAGUAAUUAUGAUUAAACUGAAUUGGGAUUUUUUUUAGUAAGAGAUUAGGUAUGUUUGCAAGAGCAAUCAAUAAUAAAGCACCCUCUUGGCAAGCUUCACAGGGUUCUCCUGCCUUCUGAUCUUUGAGUUUUUCUCAAUGAUACAUGUUAUUUCAAGCCUAGUUAGGAAGUAAAAAAGAUACAGUUAAGAUUAGGGGAUCAAACACUGUUAGAACUGUUAAAAAGAACAGGGCUGUAAGAAUUUGGAUUCUCCCCCCAACUCCUGCAACUGACAGAACUGGCAGAUUUCUGGCAGAUUUAUUAUUUUUGUAUUAGCAUAUAUCUGAAUGUUGGAAAAAAUUUGGAACAUUUGCAUGCGAGGACAUAAGGUAAGAAAAGGUUCAUUUCCCUACUUGUUUUAGUUCUUACUUUCUUUCCAUAAAGUAUACCAGCUACAUGUAUACUAAUGAGCUUUUAUUUUCUCUGUAAUGUCUAAGUUUAGCAACACCCAGUUAAAUCUCCACUUGUUUCUGGCUCCUCGAUCAGAUUGCUUGUGUUUGAGAAACCUUCUCUUGCUUAAUCAGUUUGAACAGAUGAGGCAGGAGAAGCAAAGAUGUCGGAACAAUAAUAAGCCAUUAUUUCAACAGAGGUUAUUUCUGUAAAUCUGUUUAAUCAGUAGUGAAAGAAAAGCGUAACAAGGGCAAGUGAAAGUGUGUAUCUUCAUGAAGCAUAAUGUAUCUGACCUUCACGGGGAGCAGCAAAGACCUUUAAUUUGAAGGACAGCAGUAGAAGAGAACAAGUGAUUAAAUCACUUCUUCGCUGUUUGUGGUAUUUGCACAAGUUCCACUUGAAUCGAAUUUUUUUUUAAAGGUGCAGUGUUAGAAUGAUCCAGGCAGAAAUUUUUAAAAUGGAUACAUAUUCUUAUUUUAUGUGUAGGGAGCCACAUAGUAACAGCUACCAAAAUUACACAGGAUGGCUUUGAUGGGGAGCUGGAAAGAGAAUCUGAAUCUUAGGAUUGUCAAUGCCUGUGUCUCAGUCAGACUAUCCACUCUUGAGAGAGCAUUCUCUCUCCGGAUAGGUUUGUCAGUCAGAUGGAAUUUCACAUUACAAAAAUGAAUAUUCUUAUAAAAUGUUCUUCUUUUCCCCAUUAAAAAUAUUCUUGGAAGCUGAGGCAGCCAAAUGGGUUUUCUGGGCAGCAUUUACUGGAAUUCUUUUAUAGCAGUAAGUCUUAAGAAAUGCUGCUUUAAGAAAAGAACAUGUUUGGUUUGAUUGCUUGAAACAAAUCUGACAGAUUAGCUGGAAGACAGAUUUACCAGCUGAAACAAAAGGUGAAUGUGUUAACAAAAGUAUGUCGAGCCAUUUACUUCACUGUGCCCUUGUGUUUCGCAGAUAUUGUGCAGUAAAAUCUUGAUUAUUUUUACUUCUCUGUACUUGGGAUUUUAUAAUUUGCUACAAUGUGCAGGAUAAAGACUCUCUCUGGAGAUGUAAGGAACAUAAUAAAGCAGUGGAACCAAUGGGGAUAUUGCCAGAGACAGACUCACUAUAAUUCCAAGGCUUAGGAAAAAGUUUAUAAUUUCCUUACACUAUUUAUCAAGCUAUUGCCCUCAAAUUGAGAAAAUCUGUCACUCUACCAUAUUAUCUUCCACCAAAUAGGAUGAUUUUUUAAGAGGUCUCAGGGGAGUGUAAAAUUAUUCACCUUUACUAGUUACCACUAAGUAUCUGGUAUUUAUUGGGGGUUUUUGUUUAUUUGUUUUGGAAAUCUGAGAGUUCCCCAAAUUCUACAAGCAUUUAUUCAUCUUGUCCAUUGCUUUGGAGGAAUAUGUAAAUUCAGUUUUUUGUGUUACAAUGUUAUUGGUCUGGAUAUGUGCAGUUGAGUGGUGGAUUUUGUGAUUAGUCACAGCCCAAUGACAAAUACUUGCUGCAUUGUCAUUUAAAGAAAGCUGAAAAGAUAAGGCAAUCUUAAUUGUGAAAGCAGACUUUUUUUCACCCUUUCUAAGAAUAGGGCUUUCUGGCUUUCUCUUUGUUUUGAAUUAUCUCAGCCCUAUUUAUGUUGCUAUUCCUGCUCCUUCCCAUUUUCAGAGAAAUCCUACUUUGUGUUUCAGAGCAGGGCUGUGCUGGUUCUGCUUCAGGUCUGCAACUACCUGCUAUUUAUAUUAGUUAGUACCCUGAGGCUGUUGCUUAUCCUAUACCAAUAGUUUUCAAACGUGUAAAAGUGUCUGUCUUUGUUUUAUGACACUUAGCUUUAACUCACCAGUACAGCUCACUCAUUAUGAAAAAAACAUGGAAGCAUCGCGACGCUUAUUUUCUCUAUGUUGCGUAGCUAGCCAGCAAAGAAAAUCAGCAAAAGAGCUCCAUUACAGCUGUGAAAACCUGCAGGUUGUUUAUCAGUAGCGUGUUUGCUUAACUCCCACUCUGAGCCUUGUGGGUGAGGGACACAGAUGUUACUGGUGCUGUCUCUCUUUCCCUGCUCUUCAGCGUAACCCAACAACAUUUCUAUUUCAGCCCUGUCAGUGUCUUCAGCUAUUUCUAAACUACUCCUCCUCUAAUCCCUCAUCUGGGUACAGCUUGACCUAAUUUGCCAUGAUCCUGCCAGCUAUGCCAGUUACGUAAGGAGGGGUAAGAUGCAGAAUUUGUAUGAAAUACUUUGUUAUAUUGCCCAAGGGUGGGUUUGGGUGGUUUGGUGUUUUUUUUCAACAAGCCACUUAAUGUGUAUGCGCAGCUUCAAACCAUCUCUCUUGAUGCUCAUUCAUUUUCUGAAAAUUACCUCCUUUAGGAAUGGGAAAGGUUUAAAGCUAUUUAAAAAGGGAAAAAAACCCCAAACCCAAACCCUUGAUUCCUUCUGCUUCCCACCCUGCGAGCAGCUACUGUGUGCCACCCCAGCAGCUUCUCCGUGGAGUACUGCUUUCUAUGGUCAAGUCCACGGCUGCCUGGAUUAGGUCGGGUCUCUUACAAGUGCUGCUUUCGACACCCUUCGUUCUUUUUCCUCUUUCAUCUCAGUUUACAGCCCUGUCACGGGGGUGGCUCCAGCUCCGCUGCCUUCCCGCCGCCGGACCCCGGAGCCCAGCAGCGCCUCUCCCGCCAUGGCCGCAGCAUUUCGCUCCCCUCUUCGAGACGUCCUCCCUACGUGCCCUGAAGGCAAUAUAAACCUGUAAGAAACCUGUGCGCCUUUUUCCUUUCCUCCACACACGCUGACCGCAGGACCCUCCCUCCCCCGCCCCGGCACAGGCAGC